GUUCGAAGGUUUUUCCUCACGUGGGGAGGCUGCCAUAGUUGCUGCUGCAGGGAGCUGUCUCAGUUUCAACAUUUUCUAGAAGGGGUAGCAGCAUGGCAGGACAAGCGUUCAAAAGGUUUCUACCCCUCUUUGACCGUGUUUUGGUGGAAAAGGUUGCAGCAGAGAAGGUAACAAAAGGUGGCAUCAUGCUUCCAGAAAAAUCCCAAGGCAAAGUGCUUCAAGCGACAGUCGUCGCGAUUGGACCUGGCAGCCGAGUAAAGAAUGGUGACAUCCACCCAGUUAAUGUAAAAGUUGGUGAAACUGUUCUACUCCCAGAAUAUGGAGGGACUAAAGUUGUCUUGGAUGAUAAGGAUUACUACUUGUUUAGAGAUGGAGAUAUCCUUGGAAAAUAUACAGCAUGAAUAUUGGAUGUUGCUUUCAGUUUUAAGAAACUGGCCAUUCCAUGAAGUUGCUGUCUUUUUGUCUCAGCCUGUAUAUACCAUUUUUGGAGCUUUGGUACAAUAAAAUCAAUGUUAAACAUA